CUCUUUUGUUGAAUUUUCUUAUACGCUUUAAACAAUUAAUUGAUAAUGUCAAUAAAAAAAAGCAAUUGGCAUUUAUAAAUGAUUGAGCAAGAUGACAAUGGAUGGUUGAACAAUUGUAAUUAUUAAAAUACACAUUUUUUAAAUCUUAAUCGCUUUUCUUUUCCUUUGAUGUUGAUUUGACAAAGAUAAUUUCAAACAAAACCAUAUGGAAGUAGAGGGAAAUCAUUUUUUUUCUAAUAAUUUCAACAACAGAUGAAUUAGUUUAUGAGACGAGUUAGAAAUUAAAAUUGAAAUUGAAAUUUUUAAUAUAUAUAUAUUAUAUUUUUUUUAAUUUUUUUUACUAUCGUUCUGAUCGGUCUAAAAAUGCUUGAUACAAAGAGACGUGUGUUCAAAAAAUUCGCCCACUCUGCGCGGCAGCCAAAAACAGAGGUGGUAAAGGAUGCAGAAGCUGUUGAAAAGAUGAGGAAAGCCGCUUUGCUCAAAGUUAACAAGCAAUAUAGGAUUAUGAAAGCGUUUACUCUCCCGUACGAUAAGUACUACAAGGCCCAAAUAGAGAAAGAAAUGUCAAUUUUCCAAUGUAAACUAAAAGACGCUCUAAACGUGUACACGAUUGAAGUUGCAGCAAAUUCUAAUAAAAAUUUAAAAAUAAAUCAUAAGAAAAAGGUUCAUUUUGUAAAUAGCUUCAAUGAAUAUAUGAAGCAGAAGAAUUUGAUAAAUAAGCGUCGAAAAGAGCUUGAAAAUGGUAAAAGUCAUUUAGUUUUGGCAAAAGCGAUGGUUGAAAAGAAGCGACAGUUGAUGAUAAGUGAAAUGAAAUGCGGCAAGUUUACCUCGGUUCAGAAUAUGAUCGACUGGAUUCCGAGAUACACUGAGCAGUUGCAUAACGUACAAAACAAACAGUGUCGUGUCUUCACUAAAGCCUGCUUACAGAGAAGAGCAGUUGCAUCUGAUUUACAGCAAAGAUUGCUUCUCAAAGAGCAAAUGUUGAAGGCACAGAGCCAUCUUUAUGAAGGCAAACUUUACUUCAACGACAUUGUUUACCAAGCCUUGAAUUCAUUUAAAGAACGAGAGGAUUCUUUACAUAAUUCAUUUCGGGCAAAACAAUACCGAGAAGCGAUUGUCGAAAAGGGGAGAAAAAGCUUGCAAGUCCUCCAGAUUCGAUACGCCACGAUGAUCAAUCUUGUCCAGUUUUAUACGAUAAAAAACCAGACAAGAGUCAUGAGCAAUCCCGAAGAAGAGAUAAAUGCUUUUGACCAGAUGAUCGAAAAGGAAAACAGCUUGACGCAGUAUCUGAACGAUACUUUACCAUUUAUUUCCAGGGUAUUCACCUUCUUCGGAACGACUGAUUUAAAUGAGAUAACAAUGCUCUUGGAUACAAAUUGGAAGGAGAUUUUCCACAUAGCCUCGCUCAAUUUGCAUGUAGGAGCCGAGGGUGCAAACAAUGGAUACAAAGUAAUAAUGGCUGGUGAAAGAAUGUUCGAACAUAAAAGGAUUGCUGGAAAGAAGGCAAUGGAGGCCAAUGAAAAAUUAGCCCAAUUGAAAAGAGAAGUUGACUAUCUAUACGCAAUUAAAAAUUUGUACAGAGUGCGUCUUACCAAGUUAGAAGAAGUUAAACAAUAUUAUAUGAAACUAUUGGACAAAAUGCUCAAACAUUUACCCAUUGAAAGGCUUCUAAGAAAGUUGAAGCGGUGGGAUACACUAGAUACAAUGGUGACAGCUUUAGAAUGUGUUGAAAGACUCGGUGUAAAGGCAUUACACUUCUAUCAAAUGAAUCACCCUGAGUACUAUUACCAGCCAUACAAAAGGGACCAACACGGCAAGUGGACAGUACACAUGCCAAAAGAUGUAAGGCUGAAGCGUAAAGCAUACAAUAUUCUCUUGGAACAUAAACGUUUGGUAGAUGUUUUCAAAACGCCAAAAGCACCUUGUUUUUUGUGUAUACAAGAGGAGAGGAAAAUUUAUCACACACACAAUCAAGACUUGAUAAGGAGCCGGAAAUCCUGUGAAGACACAGUCAAAAUGAGAAUGAUGUACUGGAACAACAUGUCUUGCCUACACAAGAUUGACAGUUGUCCGACAUCAAAAUUAAUCGAAAUGGCAAAAGAACUGGAUGAUUAGCAUUUAACAAAGCACUAAAUCAGUUAAACAGUUUCAGCUCCUGAAACUAAAAAAUUAAUCAUCCAAGGUUUGAGACAGGCAGGAUUUUCUUAUUAUGACUUGUACGGACAAAUUAAUAUAACUUUGUUAUAUUAUGAUA